AUGUUAGUAACCUCAGCUGAUGCCAUUUGUAGGCCUCCCAGUGAUGGGGAGUCACAAACGAUACCAAAAUAUGCAGAUAUUUCCUCGGAUACUUCUAUCGUAAUAGAUAAUGGUUCCUUCCAUCUAAGAGCAGGAUACAGCAGUCAAGAUUCACCAUGCGUGGACGUGGGAAAUUACAUCACCAAAUAUAAUGUGAAGACAGAUUCCAAGAUUUUGUACGGGCUGGGAGCUUCUUCUGCCUCCUCUUCGUUUGUUGGGCACAAUAUGUCCCGUGUGGGGACCAGAUCUGCCUUUGAAAACGAUGUUACGCUCAACUUUGACGUCAUGGAAACCACUCUGGAUGGCUUAUUUUGUACACUAGGAAUCGCGGAGUAUCCCAUAAAACAUCCCAUUGUGUUAACAGAAGUUCCCUGCAAUCCAUCCCGGAAAUGUAUAUGCUUGUAG